UUACCUUCGAAGAAUUUUUGGAGUUUGAAAAAGUGGAUGACUGGCCACAAGCUCUUACAUCUGAAUCAGUUCUUGAUUUAAGUGAAGUUCCCAGAAUUUGGUCAAAAGAAGAAAUUAUUGAUGACUUGCAGAAGAGUGCUCCUUUUGAAUUGGAAAGUUUGGACAAAAUGGAAAUUGUACUGGAUGAGUUCUGUGAUAGAUUAAUGUAUUUCUCAUCCUAUAUAACAAGCCCAGAGGAUCGACCGUCAAGGAUUCCUGACAAUUUGUUUCAUGCACCAAGAAAAGAGAUUUUAGAAAAAGCUUCUGAAUUUGAUGCAGUUCGCUUGCAUCACAGUCGUCGGAAAAAGAAAAAAGAUGUGAAAGAAGUGCUUGCUGAAGCAGAACAAGCAUCACGAACACGAAAUAUUGAUUAUGUUAACUUUCCUGGAUUCCGACCAAAGGAAUUGACAGAGUUGCCAAGCCAGCUUGAAGCUCCACAGCUGUUAAACAAAGUAACAGAAGCUCAAUCUUUUAAUAGAGGUUUCCUUCAGUUAUGGAAAAAGUUGUUUUAUUCCGAAGCCUCGAUCGCUGUCAUGCAAGAUACGUUCUGGUGGUUCUUUCUAGAAAACUUUGAGCACAACACACAUGCCCAGGACAAGUUAUUCACCAGAAUUGCUGAUAGUUACAUUGCUCUCUUCUUUAGUGCACAUCCAGACAUAAGAGACAAAUUUUUCAAGGAAUAUCCGCGAUGUCUUGCGCAAGUCGUCUAUCUCACAUUUUGUGAAGCAUUUCCUGAAUCUUCUGAUCGAAUGACCGAACAAUUUGUUUCCGAACUUGCGAACCUAACUUCAGAGUGGAUAGCAGGUGUUAAGCCACCAGUAACCGAAUGGCGGAAGUGGCCGUGGGAAAAAUUAGGUCACAAACCUGAAGACCUGGUCGGCGGAACAAACGUCAUUUUAAACGACCGCGCGGGGGCGCCCGGGAGCCGCGGGGCACCAGACUUCGCAAAAGAACUUGCUGCAGAAUUGGAAUUGCAGUUUCCCGCUCAGCAGGUCCCCACAGCGCCGUCUGACGGUACAAAAUUUCAAGAGGUCUUAAUCUCCGUAACCGGCGACGACAGCGCAAGACAGAAAGAUUCUACCGGAGAUCAAGCGGCUACUCGAAAAACACGGGCUAAGUCGUUGGCAACGAGCACUAAGUAUGCGUUUGACCGUGCCAAGAAUGAAGAAUCAGCACAGGCCGGACCCGGUCCAGAUUUCGAGCGAGUCCUCUUUAACAUGGGAGGAAGAAGUCCUUUAGUUGCCCAACAUCUUUAUAUGAAGCAUCUUCGGAACAAAGAGUUGGUAGGAAGAUCUAUGAGAAGAACUGAAGUUCUACAACAACAAGUUGACGGAAUGACUUUUAAUGACGUCAUUAUGAAAUCGAAAAAGACUAUCAAGGGACUGCACGCCCAAAGAGAAAGGUCCGACGAUGCAGCACAAAAAGAAAUAGCGAAAGUUCACGCAGGAAAGCGACGAGCUAUCAAAAAGAUCGAAGCUUUGCAGAAAUCUCUAACCGAUCCGCUGGAAAUUAAAAUCCGAAGCGACAAAGUUCUGGACCAAGCGCUCGAAAAGGGGUCGCAUCGCCCUACUACUUACGUUUCAAGUAAAGCACCAAGUAAUCACUCGGCUCUGCUUAAAGAGGACGCUGGAGAUACCUAACUUAAUUGUCAUUAAACUUUCGUGUUCCUGUCUCUCAUUGGUUAUCUUCCUUUCAUUUCACGAGUACCUGCGCUGAUUUACAACAUUCCAUUAUUUAUUAUUGCUUGGUGCAAGUUUUUUUUUAUAAAUAUAUUAAUGUACCGUUUAAGAACA